CUCUUGAGUUUUUGUCUCAAAUAAAAGGAAAAGAGGGAAAAAAAAGCUCACCUUUUUCGAGUGGUCCAAUCCAAUCUAGGGUUUCCGAUCUCAACCAUACAAAUUCAAUUCGCCGGCGGCAACUUCGAAAUGGCCGGUGCCGGAAUUCACCCCUACCACCAGCAAUGGCCACAAGCAGCCCCACCACCUCCUCCACCCGCCGCUGGUACAGCUCCUCCUCCCAUACUCGUGGAAAACCCUAAUCGUUCCGCUACUGAUGAGGUUAGAACGAUUUUCAUUACGGGUCUUCCUGAUGAUGUUAAAGAGAGAGAACUUCAGAAUCUUUUGAGAUGGUUACCUGGAUAUGAGGCUUCACAAGUUAAUUCUAAAGGGGAGAAGCCAAUGGGUUUUGCUUUGUUUGCUUCUGCUCAGCAAGCCAUUGCUGCAAAAGAUACUCUUCAGAAUAUGGUGUUUGAUGCAGAUUCGAAGUCGGUUUUGCACACUGAGAUGGCCAAGAAAAAUCUUUUUGUUAAAAGAGGAAUAGUGGCAGAUUCAAAUGCUUAUGAUCAAAGUAAGCGUAUGCGAACUGGUGGCGACUACUCACAUGCUGGCUAUACAAGUCCAUCUCCUUUUCAUCCUCCUCCACCACCUGUUUGGGCACAUCAUGGGUAUAUGGCUCCACCGCCUCCUCCUUUUGAUCCUUACGGAGGCUAUCCUGUUCCUCCCGUACCAAUGUCUGCUCCCGCUCCUGUGCCAGCACCUAGCAGCUAUGUACCCGUCCAGAACACAAAAGAUAAUCCACCAUGUAAUACUUUGUUUAUUGGCAAUCUCGGAGAGAACAUAAACGAAGAAGAACUGAGAGGCUUGUUCAGCGUGCAGCCAGGUUUUAAGCAAAUGAAAAUCUUGAGACAGGAGCGACAUACUGUCUGUUUCAUCGAGUUUGAAGAUUUGAACACUGCAACCCAUGUGCACCACAAUUUGCAGGGUGCAGUGAUUCCUAGUUCAGGUUCUGUUGGCAUGAGAAUACAAUAUUCGAAAAAUCCAUUUGGGAAGAGGAAAGAUGGCUUCCCAAUGGGUGUACCGGCUGCUGCUGCCAAUGGAGCUCCACCGGCUAUGACAUAUCAGUAGCUAGCUCGAACGGGGGUGUACUCUGUUCCUUAUGCUUCGACAAAAUACAAAUACUACUACUACUCAUCUUGCAGCUGUUGCAUGCAUCCAUCCCAUUUCAUAUCAAGUCAUCAUCAUUAAACAUUUCUCCUACUACUCAUGCAAAUGAAAUGAAUUCACAUUAGUGGCAUCAAUCGACAUACCAUUUCGGUCAUGUUACCAUGCUAGCUAGCUCUAUAUCUUUUUUGUUAAAUUUCAAGACGUGCAUUUGUCUGUAUGUUGUGAAACCCGCCUCAACUUAUUGCUGCAGAUCGGGUCUGAUUUUGUUUUUCAUAUCGAAUUAACUCCUCUGUACAUUUUAACAUUUAGACUUGCCCCACCUUUCUAUGUACACAUAUUGUUUUUCUCAACACAUCAUUAUUCUGUGUUAGGGUUUAUUAAAUUUCUUCA